CGCAGUAUUGAUUUGACGAGGAGGGCGUCAAGCAACAUUCCUCAGAGAUUAUCCAGGAUUAGGCGUAUUUUAUCCGCGAUGAUAUUAGGACAAUGUCUACAUAGGCUAGAUUAAAUCAAAGAUCGUUUUCAUUCAUGUGACUGGGUUUGUGAAAUGCAAGCGUUGGUGAAUCCAUCUGACAAAAAAGACAAACUGCCCUGAUGAAUAUGAAGAUGGGAGGCAAAGCAGAGUGUCCACAGUCAGGUGGCGCUGGAAAUAAUGACUCAAGCAUUUCACUGAGAAACCCCUUCAAACUCCCCGAAGAAGACAUCUUUCUUCUCAGAAACAAACAGAAUAAGAAAAAGAGGCAGGAACUGGAGCACCAGAAGGAGCUGAAGGUCCACCAGAAGAGCACAUAUUUGGGGAAAAUCCAGGACAAACGGGUGGAAUUUCGCCAGGCUCUGAAGAGGUGGGAGAAUGAAGCUGACUCCAAGACAGCCAAUACCUCCCUCAGAAGUGGUCCUUCCUGGAGGAAAGCUGCUAUCCAAGAACAAAAUGACAAAGAAAAAAUCUGUGACUACAUGAGCAAAAAGAAGGACAUGUUUCUGCUUGAGUACUCACUGGCAGUGAAGAGAGGUGAUGACCAAUCUAACGAGGUGGCCAAGGCAGAAGAGACCAAGCUACAGCGGGCCUUGCACUUCCUGGACGAAGAUGCAGUCAUGUUUGAUGAGUUCCUCAAGGAGAAUGACAAGAGCUCUGUGCAGGCCAUAAAAAUUGCUGAACAAGAGACUAAAGCCAGGCUAGAGAAAAUUGCAGAUAUCAAAAAGAUUACAGGGAAAAUAGUGGCAGUGAAAAGUGAUAUCUCCAAGUAUGAGGACAUUUUGAGGGAGUACACCAACUACAAAGAGUUCCUGCUGAAACUCUCCCCGCCGGAGUGGCAGGAAAAGCAGCAGUGGCGGAGGGAGAUGGCCGAGAAGAUCCACCAGCAGCAGCAAACAGCAGCCAAGGGAGUGCAGGGGCCAUCUGUCACUACAGCAAGCAAACGAAAGGAUAGCAAUGCGAGAGAACUGCCCCCUGUGGUUGACCCCAAAAGUCAUCGCAAAGGAGCGAUGCCCACAAUAAAGGAGAGCAAGACGAAGGAACUACCGUCUCCCAUAAUUGAGGCUGAUCUCUCUGAGUAUGAGGACCCUCAGCUGUUCUUCACGGAUCCACACCAGCUGCUGGACCUGCUGACGGAGCUGGAGAAGCAGAAUCUGAACCUGAUUCAGAACUCCCAGGACACUGAGGAGUCUCUGGAGGAGUUCCGCAUCACCAUGCUCAACACCCGCAAAAAGAUGGAGCAGGAGACUGAGCAGCUGGCCCAGCAGGUUGAAAUCCUUAGUUGUGCCAUUGAGAGGGUGAAAGAGAACAAAGCAGAGCUGGAGCUGAAAGCUCGCCUCUUCUCUUUCGGAGAAUACAAAGCAGAUCAUCAGGACCGCAUGCUGGAGUCCCUGGGCAAGAAGGUGGGGGAGGUGUACCAUCUCUGCGUAGGCGAGACGGAAGCCAACCUCACCACGCUGCAGAUGCUCACCAGCAUUGAAAGCCGCAUUGAGGAGCUUCUGGAGGCCAUGGAGUUGGUGCCUCGCGAGCGGCUCCUCAUGGUGGAGAGGGUCCGCGAGAAGGAGCGAAGGAGCCGGCAAAGGGAGGAGAUGGUGUGUCAGCAGAAGAAGCAGCAGGAGGAGCGUCUCCGUAAGGCCUUGGAGAGGGCCCAGGCCGACAUCAAGAAACCUAUGGGCAGGAAACUCAUGCCGCGCUCACAGCCGCCCAUGCAGGAGAACCUGGAGUACGAGGUGGACGAGAGUGCCGAUCUAGAGAUGGACAAACAUCAGUACUUUUUUACAUAGCUCUGCAAGUUGCAAAUCCCCUUGGCUUCUUGUGCAAUAUGAAGCAUCAUUGAAAAUAAUAAAAUAUAUGUGAACAUU